AUUUUAUUUUUUUAUUCAAAUUUAUCUUACGCUAAAUGUUUUAACAACUUUUUGCACAGAACUAACAGAAAUAUGAUCAUAUCUUCUAAAAUUGACACAGAGCUUGAAGCAAGGUUUGAGAGAAAGAUUGAUAGAUGCAGAAGGAAAGAAGAAUAUAAAGAUCGAGUACAGAAGAGCAACGAUUCGAUAAUUCGUGACAACAAAGAAAAAAUUGGGGAAAAAAGGCAAUGGAAUCACAACUUUUUUCCUAACAAUGAUAUAAAUUUCAAUUUCGCAAGUGAGGAACCUACAGAACCUAAAAACUACAGAACCUAAAAAAACAAGCUGAAUCACAAUUUGGUAAUAUUUAAGUAUAAUUUGUUAAACACAUAAAAAUAUUUGUUUCAACUUAUGACUAAAUAAAAAGAGAGAAUAUAAACAAUUUUUUCUAAUAAUGCACAGACAUUUUAGGCAAAACUAGUAAUUUUUUGAAGUAAAUGUAUAGCUAAGCUAAGAAUCUUUAUAUUAAUUUAGAUGCUGGAAGUGUAAUUGCUAAAGUCGGAAGAUUUUGUCCCAAAUAAAAAUGUUAAUUUUCACGAAGCAAGCUCAAAAAGUAGGCAUCAGUUUAGACCAUCAUAUUUCAGAGUAGAAAAGGAGAUAACCAGUGAAGGUCUCAUUGCAACAACAACUUCCACCAGUAUAAGGGCUGGUCUCAGCAUUCGAGAUCAAACCCUUCUUAUUGCAAGCGUAGUAAACUAUUUAGGAGGAGAUGUUAAACAGCUAAAGUUAAGCAGAGGAUCUGUCAGAAGGUGACGUUACAGAUUUUUAGAAGAGGAAGGAGGCCAGAUACGUAAUGAAUAUAUUAAUUUAAUGGCUAACAAGAUGUUAGUUUUACAUUUUGAUGGUAAAAUUUUAAAGCAUAUUGAAGAGGACACUAGACAGGCAACUACUGCAGAUAGACUAUCAGUAUCUGUUACUAGCCCAGAGUUUGAAACCAAAGAUGAUCUUUUACUCGGUGUUGUGCCAACUGAUAGUGGUAAUGGAAUCGAUAUGGCUAUAAGUAUUAUGAAUCUCCUAGAAUAUUUUGAAAUUUGUGACUAUAUUGUAGGAUUCUGUUCUGACACCACAGUAAGUAACACUGGAUGGAAAUCUGGUGCAAUAACUAUUAUGGCAAGAUUUCUUGGUAAACCAUUUCUUUGGUUAUUGUGUAGACACCAUAUUGCCAAAAUAAAUAUUACUUGGGCUUUAAAGGCAGUUUCAAUGGAAAUGUCUAAAGCCCCUGCGAAUAAGUUACUAAAAGAUUUUCAGCAGAAAUGGAUAACAGAAUUUUUUCCUAAAGUUUCAGCUAGUGGUGCUGUAGAAAAGUUCAAACGAUUUCCUGAGCAAGACCUUAUUGUUGGCAGUGAUCUCUGCAAACUCUAUUUGAAGUCUAAAAAGUUUGUUACUAAAGCACUAGAACAUGAACUCUUCCCCAGGAAUGAUUACAGGCAUCUUGUUGAAUACUUGGCGUAUUACAUGAAUGUUAAGUCUGAGAAAUUAAAUAAUUUUCACAUCUAUCAGCCUGGCGACUGUCACAAUGCAAGGUUUAUGGCCUAUGCAAUAUAUUUUCAAAUGCUCGAUAUGACAUCCACAGUCGUUGAAUAUCUGACUCCUGAAAAAAAACAUAUGGUCUUAAGGGUAGCAUUUAUUGUUGCUAUUUAUUAUGGACCUGCCUUUCUUAACUCAGGCAAAGCAGAGCAUGCUGUUCUGAAUGAUUUUAAUGCAUUCAAAAUUGUUGAAACAAUUAAAACAGAAUGGGAUUAUGAAGUUGGAAACUCACUUCAAAAAAGCAUGAGUAACCACACAUGGUAUUUGUCUCCUAAAGUUGUCGUACUAUCGUUAGGUGAUCCUUAUAUGAAAGCAGAUGCUAAGCGUUUACUCAUUCAGAAACUUUUAAAAUUUCCAAUCCCUGAGUUAUCAGAGAUUUCUGUUACAGCUCCUUCUGCUGUUAACGUUACCAGUGAUAGUCGAUUAGAGGAUUUAAUUACGAAGGAGAGUUGGCUAUUUUUUAUACUUACAAGUCACACCGAAUCUGUUCGAGAGUGGCAUACUUCAAGUGAUUUCUUAGCGCUAGAUUCAUACAAAAAUUUUGCUCAGUUAGUUUGCAAUCUUAGUGUGACCAACGAUUGCGCAGAAAGAAAUAUUAGUUUAAUUGAAAACUUUGUUCACAGUUCCCACAAUGAGGAUCAGAGACAGAACAUUCUGGUAGUCAGAGAGCACAGAAAGCUUAUAACAAAAGAUAUGUCGCUUAAGGAACUGGUAAAGCUAAAACCUAGAGUUGAAAAAUUAUUGUAAAAUAAUAGCUAACUGUAUGAAACUAUAAACAGUAUUUUUUUUUCUUGUAAGAUCAAACAAAAGUUUAGAUAUAAACAUAUUUUAACCCGUAAAAAAUGACAUAAAGUUCAGCCAAUCCUCAAUAUUUAAAAAAUUACAUGUAGCAC